AUGAUGGAUGAACAAUACGUUUUUUCAACAUCAUCAGCUUUAUUUGAUACUUAUCUUAUCUAUGGUAUCAUUGCUUUACUACUAUUCAUUGCAAUUAUCGGUUUAAUAAUUCUAUUAGCUACAUCAUGUUGUUGUUGUUGUUUAUGUCCAAAAUCAUGUUGUUUAUGUUAUCAUCAUCAUCGUCGGCAUUCAUCGUAUAAAUUAAGCAAAAGAUCGAAAGAUCUAGAAGGAUCAAUCAAUGGUGAUUCAAAAAACAAUGCUUUUAUCCGACGCCAUCCCAGUGAUGUAGCUGACUUCUCACAAUUAUAUGAUUCAUGUCCUCAUUUAAUCAAUAGUAAAGUUAUGACAACAAGUACACAUAUGGAUACAAGUUGUACAACAAUCGAUACACUUAUUAGUCCAAUAUCACCAUGUAGUUCAUUUCAUUCAUUUAUUGGACAAGCAACAUCAACAAAUAACACGAAACCUACUGUUAAGCAAAAUGAUCCUGGUAAUUCAACACAGAAAUAUACUAUAAGUACGGAGAAGACAAAUAAUGCUCCAGCAUCGUCUACAAAAGGUCCAUGUUCACGUCCCUUUUCGUAUAUAAAAAAUACAAAUGAUCGUGCGCAAAUUUUACGUCGUUUUACGUCAAAUGAACGUACUGUUCCAGCAACUACCGUAUCAAUUGAUAUUACUCGAAUAUCUUCAUCGGAAAGCGACAGUACUAAUCAAAUAAGCUCAAAUUGUACAAAUAUCUAUGAAACAGUUCUUCCAACAGCACAUCAUAAUAGUAAUAGUAGUUCCUCAUCAUCGGAUAUAUCAACACCUAUUUAUGAAACAGAAUGGACACAUAGUUUGAGACAAUUGAUGCUGACAACAACAUCACCGACUAAAAAUGACGGUGUUUCUAUUAUUAAACUUCCUACGUCACCGCCUGAUUUAGUUCCAUCGAUAAAGCAAACAUCUGAUUAUUUUCAACAACAAGAUCCUCACGAUAAAUUUCUAGCAAGUCGAUCAAGAAUAUCAGAUUCAAUGAGACGAACUACUAUGCUCACACAAUUGAAAGACAAUUCAGCAUUUCUUUAUUAA